AUGGGUGGAAGAAAAGACUUCAGAGUAAUGUACUUUGCAUUCAUAAGAUUCAGAGGAGUAGAAGAUGUAAAGGCUUUAGAAGAUAGGCUGCAGAGUAGCAAGUUUGGAGACUUCUCGCUACAUAUCAACCUAUCUAGACACAAGAGGAAAUCCGUAGAGAAAAAACAAGACAUCAAUCACCACCCUCGCCAAAAAAACUUCCCUCCACCUCCGGUGAGUAAUGGAAUGAGAAACCAACGGUCUUAUGCACAAGAUACGGGAGGUCUAAAAGUGACACAGCCGCUGAACAAUCUUCCCAUUACCCUCAACUCCAAAACACUGAUGAAUGAAUGGAUAGAUAAAAAGACUCUAAUAGGUGAAGCACAUAGCUUCGACCAUAAUGGUAACCUCCCUGCAUCCUUGUUAAUGAAUGAAGAAACCAAAUAUUUGGGAGGCCUAAGUAUUGCUUUGGGGUUUGGCAACUCGAUGGAAGCUAGAUAUUUCCUGGAAGAAAAAAACAGAUGGAAAGAUUGGUUCAAGUGGAUGAUUUGUGCAGAUGAGAAGGAAUUGCCAUAUGUCAGAACUGCUUGGAUGAAAAUCCUUGGACAUCCAUGA